AUGCCUUGGGUUUCCGACACGUGUGCGGUCUGCUUGAGUCAGCUGAAGGAAGGUGACGAGAUCAGAGAAUUGAGGAACUGUUGCCACGUGUUCCAUAGAGAUUGCAUUGACAGAUGGGUUGACUAUGAUGAAGAUCAAGACCGCGAUCAUGAUCAAGAAGACAAUGACAAUCACAACACUUGCCCCCUUUGCAGGGCCCCUUUACUCACUUCUUCACAGUGCUUGGUGUGGCCUAAGACUGAACCCAGCUGGGCCGUCGAGCGACUUCUUUACCUAUUUGGGGACGAUCUUCUCCCUUGAUCCACGUCAUUUACCUAUUCUCUACAGCUUCUUCUUCUUCUUUUUACAUAUUGUUUGCUCAAUCAAUCAUUGAGAUAGAGCUUGGAGCAAUGGUUAUUGUAUAUUGUAGUUGUCAGUUGAUAGUUUCAGCGUAGCGAAAAGGGCCAAUUUUGUUCUUUGGAGUGGUCAAGUGGUCUAAACUCUAGAAGCUUGACCCUUUUAAUAAUGGAAUGUAUAUAUAAAUGAAUACGUCUUAAUUUUAAUUUUU